AUGCGGCGCAGGAAGACGGCGGUGGCGGCCGGCUGCUGCCUCGCCUUCCUCCUGGGUACCCUCCUCAACGUCCUCUUCGUCCCCGGCUCCGAGCACCCUCCGCCGCCCCACGAAGGGGCACCCCCAUCCCCGCCCGGAGCCCCCUUCUCCCCACCGGAGGAGGACGGCGGCGGUCGGGCCGCUCUGGAGCGGCAGAUCCGGGAGCGCUACGAGGAGGUGCUGCGCUACCGGCAGCACCGAGCGGGGCGGCGGCCGCUGCGGCCCCGGGACCGGCGCUUGAUGGACCUGGCUCCGCCGCGCACGUCGGCGGAGCAGCCGGGGCCGCGGGGCCGAGCGGUGGGGCCCAGGGCAAGCGGCUCGGCCGAGCUGUCGCUGGAGCCGCCGCUGUUGGGCUGCAGGGACAUCCGUAAUGUCAGCGGUGUGCAGUACCUGGGCUCCGGGUACACCAAGGCGGUGUAUAAGGCGGUGCUCAACCGGACUCUGGCCGUGGCGUUGAAGGCGGUGGAUUUCGGUGGGCACGACAUCGCUCGCUGCGUGCGGCAGUUCUCCGCCCUCGGGGACUGCUACCGCCUGGCCGCCUACAAGAUCGUCAAGGAGAUGAUCCUGCUGCAGCGGCUGCGCCACGACAACGUCCUGCAGCUCUAUGGCUAUUGCUACCAAGACAGCAACGACAUCCCAGACACACUGACGACCAUCACUGAGCUGGGCUCACCCUUAGAGAUGAUCCAGCUUCUACAGACGUCCUGGGAAGACAGAUUUCGAAUCUGCCUCAGCUUAGUUCGGCUUCUGCAUUAUUUGGCUCACUCUCCUCUUGGCUCUGUGACGUUACUGGAUUUCCGGCCCCGGCAGUUUGUGAUCGUGGAUGGGGAGCUGAAGGUCACAGACCUGGACGAUGCCAGCAUCGAGGAGAGCUCCUGCACCAGUAACAGCGACUGCUUCAUGGAAUUCCCUGCAAGGAACUUCACUCUGCCCUGUUCGGUUGAGGGACGGUGUCAGAAUAUGAAUGAGAAGAGGAACCUCUACAACGCCUACAGGUUCUUUUUCACGUAUCUUCUCCCACACAGUGCUCCAUCCUCACUGAAACCAUUACUGGAUAAGAUAGUCAAUGCAACAGGAGAGCUUCACUGGGGAAUAGAUGAGACAGCUGCUCAGCUAGAGAGGGUCUUGGAGCUGUACAAGAGCGGAGGGUACCUACAGAACACGACCCGCACACCGAAAGCUGAGUACAGACGGGUGCCUGAAGCUUUUAUUCCUGAUGAGAACUACAGGUGCUGGCCAUCGUACCAUCAUAAGGGCUGUCUCCUCUCUGUGUUCGAUGUCAAUGAAGCCAUUGAGAUCUGCGAUAGCUACUCCCAAUGCAAAGCUUUUGUCCUUACCAACCAGACGACUUGGACAGGUCGGCAGCUUGUCUUCUUCAAGAUGGCCUCAAAUCGCAUCCUGCCUGAUCCUGACAAGAUAACGUAUGUGAAGGUGACAGACUGACACCUAAAGUGGCUGGGGUCUGAGGUGUGAGUGAUAAAAGCUGUUUGUGUAUAAAUAUAGGCAGCUGUUAGGUAGAAGGUGGCUGUGGCCAG